AUGGUCCGAGCAUUUGAGCUGGGCAGUGAGGCAGUGGUCCAGUGGUACAGUGUUAGCAGUAGCUACUCCUGCGACCGCCUCGCCGACAUCGCCGCGGCGGAAGCAGCAGCGAAUUCAUCGGGAAACGACGACGAAUUCGAGUUCGUCUCCUUCAGCUGCGCGGAUCCCGACGCAAUUGAAUUAGGAGACCGCCAGCAACUGGUCUCCUCUGUUUUCUACCCGGGGCGAGGAGAAAUCGGCAGCCGAUCGGAAGGCGAAACCGUCGCCGGAAGAGCUGCGAAAACGGCGGCGUCGGCACACGAGGUGUUUUAUACGAAGAGCAGAGCGUUGAAAGAUGGGGAUCGGCGGUGGUCGUAUCUGUCCUACCGUCAGGAGCUUCUCGUCGGAUUCUUCUCAAAUGUGAAUGGUUUCAGCAGGACGUUGACUCCAUUUUAG